AUGUUCAUAAAGGAAUACAAGGAGAUGCUGGCAGACCGGCUUCUGGCCAAUCCCACCUACCAUGCUGAAAGGGAGAUGCAAAAUCUGGAGCUACUGAAGACCAGGUUCGGCGACGCGGCGCUUGUCCACUGCGAGGUGAUGCUGCAAGACAUCAAGGACUCGAAGCGCAUCAACGGCAACGUCCAGCAGCUCAAGGGCACUGGUGGACCCCUGGGUCCAAUCCAUCCUCUCGUGCUCUCGCAGCAUUACUGGCCACCCGCACUCAGCAAGGCAGAUCACCCACGCUUCCGGCUUCCUGCUCAGCUGGAGGAUGCCUUGUCGGAGUACGGCCAUGCCUACACCAAGACGAAGGCAAAACGUUCACUCCAGUGGCAACGAGCUCAUGGAGUGGUCGAGAUCACGGUGCAUCUGGCGGAUCGCACGUUGGACGUGACGGUCACACCGAUUCACUACGCAGUCCUGGCUUGCUUCUCCGAGGCUCCCUCUGGAGACAGUACGCCAACAACAGCACCAACAAGGCUGAGCCUCGAAGAGUUAACUUCUCAGCUCGAGCUUCCUGAGGCUCUCGUGCGGAAACGCGUGGCCUUCUGGGUGGCGAAGGGCGUGCUCAAAGAGGUCAGCGCAAGCCUCUUCGAGUUGCAGGAGUCUGCGCCAUCGGCAGACGGUGUCAAUGUGGACCUUGAUGCAGGUCACCUGGACGACGACACCGAGUCCCCAGGGCCUCCUCUCCAUGGCGCGAGCCGCGAGGCAUGUUCCAAGGAACUACGGGCCUGCGAGUCUUUCCUGCAAGGAAUGCUCAAGAAUUACACCACGCUGUCUUUGAGCCGCAUCCACAACUUCUUGCAGAGGUUCAUGAUGGAGCCUGCCUACACACAGAGCGAGGCACAAUUGCGGGAGUUUCUGGCGCAGCUCGUCCAGCAGGGCACCCUCGAGUUCGACGGCUCCAGUUAUGCUCUCGCGCAAGCUGCCGUGAGCUGA